UCAUCAGCGGAUGUGUGGGGGGAGGACACACCCUGACUGGGUCGGGUUCUUGUGAUGCAUGGCACGGGAUGUUUCUAUCCACAGGCCCCAAGGGUGGGUGGAGCCUUUGGGUGCAGAUAUAAUACUCACUCCAGAGCACACAGAGAGGCACCGAGCCCGGGGGAAGCACAGAAGACCUGCCAGCUCCCAGGGACAGACAGAGCCUGGGGAGACACCGAGCCCAGAGAUGGACGGUAGGCCUUGAAUUUACGACGUUCAAGUUAUGACAAACGGCACUUACGCCGUUUAUAAAACUGACACCCUGUUUUGACUUUCUGACAUCGUUUUUGACUUUCCGGCACCUGAGAGGACGCAACCCAAAGCCAGCGAACAAGUUCAUAUGUUUACAGCAACGUUCGGUGCCUCCCAUCUCCCUAACUCAAGGUGCUCAAUUGCUGUUCUGACGCCAUUUUUACGUGGUGGAUCUUCGCACUUCCAAACUUUUUCUUAAAAUUUAGUGUUUCUUUGCCCAUAAUAAUGGCAGAAAAGCGAAAAUCUGGUGAAAGUGGUGUUUCUUCUUCUACGAAACAUAGAAGAAGUUUGAAUACAAAAAUUGAAAUAUUUGAGAGGUCCGAAAGAGGUGAGACGCCAACUGAAAUCAGCAGAGUUUUGGGGAUCCCCCGAUCAACUAUCGCAACCAUCCUGCAAAAGAAGGAAUGGAUUCAGAAACGUGUUAAGGGCUCAGCUCCUAUACAAUCAACUGUGAUAACUAAGCAGCAUGUUGGACUUAUUGACCAGGUUGAAAGAUUGUUAAUCAUUUGGCUGGAGGAUCAAUAUGAACGCUGUGCUCCGGUGAGCUCAGGCAGAAUUCGGGAAAAGGCUGGGAGUCUUUAUGACGAUCUAAAGAAACAACUGGGGGAGAGUUCUGAUGCUGAGCCUUUUAAUGCAAAUGGGGAAUGGUUGAUGCGGUUUAAAGCCAGGGCCAAUCUGCAUAACAUGAAGGUCUCAGAUGAAGCUGUCAGUGCAGAUGAGCAGGCAGCUCAUGUUUUUCCUAAGACAUUGGCUGAGAUCAUUGAAAAGGGUGGGUAUUGUGCUCAACAAGUUUUUAAUGUUGACGAAACUAGGCUCUUUUGGAAAAAAAUGCCGUCGAGAACCGACAUUGCCAAAGAGGAGAAAUCCAUGCCAGGGUACAAAGCUGCUAAAGAUAGGAUCACUCUUUUGUUCGGUGCAAAUGCUGCAGGUGACUUUAAACUUAAACCUUUGCUUGUGUAUCGUUCGGAAAACCCCAGGGCUUUGCACAGAUAUUCCAAAGCAUUCCUCCCAGCGAUCUGGAAAUUCGAUCCUAAGGCACAGGUCAAUAAAGACAUUUUUGAGGAUUGGUUUAAUUAUCAUUUUGUGCCAAGUGUCAGGAAUUAUUGCAGCAAAAACAAUCUUGCAUUUAAAGCAUUGUUAAUCCUCGACAAUGCUCCUGGUCAUCCAACCAGCCUUGGUGACAUGCAUCCUGACAUCCAAGUGGUGUUUCUGCCCCCAAACACCACUUCCUUGUUGCAACCCAUGGAACAGGGGGUAAUUGCAUCGUUCAAGGCCUACUAUCUCAGGAGCACAUUUGGUCAGGCCAUCUGGGAAACUGAGAAGCAAGGUGGGCCAACUCUGAAGGAAUUCUGGAAGAGCUUCAACAUUUGCCAUGCAGUUAAGAACAUUGAUGAGGCAUGGAAUGAAAUCAAACAACCCGAUUUGAAUGGUGUUUGGAAAAAAUUGUGUCCUGAUUUUGUGUCUGACUUCAAAGGCUUUACUGACACUGUUAAAAAGGUGACCAAAAAUGUUGUUGAAAUGGGCAAAGACCUGAACUUAGACAUUGCACCAAAGGAUGUUGAGGAGUUGCUGGCAUCACAUUCUGAAGAAUUAACUAAUGAGGACCUCAUUGAAUGGGAACAGCAAAAAGUGGCAGAGGAACAAGAAGAUGCACCCACUGUUCAAGAGACUCCUCCUCGUAAAGUCUUGACAAUAAAAGUGUUGGCUGAGGCAUUUCAACAUUUGGAAGCUGCCAUGUCCCUGUUUGAGGAGCAUGACCCUAACAUUGAACGCAGUGCACCUGUGAAUAGGGACAUAUACAACACGUACUGCUGCUACAGAGAAAUUUACAAGGAAAAGAAGAGAACAUCUGCCCAAACUUCCGUGGGCACUUCCUUAUGUUCUACCAAAUCACCUCAACAACUCCUGAAAGCCCCAUCCAAUUAGACCCACCUGUGAGCUCAGAAGAACGUGUCCCAUCUCCUUUUUCAUCCCUUCAGUAGGUUUCUUAGAUCAGCAAUGCCCAGGAAUGAUGAAGACAAGUUAUGUUAAAAAAAUUUUAAGGCUUUAAAAUUUGUCUAUGCUUUUUAGAUCAUUUGUGGGUAGGGGUAAUGUACAGUGUACAGUAUUGUACAGGUACUAUAUUUCUUUAUGUAUUCUUAGUGUCUGAUUCUUUUAUGUCAACAUGAUUGCUAUUUUCAAUAUGAAUACAUUAAUGGAGCUAUAUUACUCGUCUAUAAUUGAUUGAGUAUAAAAAUAUGGGUGAAAAUAGUAUAUCGGGCCUCGGUUUAGAAAUAAGUCCCCCAUUUUUAACAUUGUUCCAAUGGGAAAAUUGAUUCCAAGUUACGACAUUUCAACUUAAGAUGUGAUUUAGGAACCAAUUGUGUCAUAAGUCCGAGGACUGCCUGUACAAUUACAGUUUAUUGUCUCUUCCCCCAGGGGUCCCCUAUUCAGAGACUUUUCUUGGGGUUCUUUUGUCUUAGUAAAUGCUCAAGCCUGCUUCUGGUCCGGACAGUAAACACAGGGCUUGGGCUGGGUUCCGGAAGUCCAUUGUUCUCAAUGUUGCUUGAGACAGUCCUGGGUCUCUCACCCCACCCCAGAUGAGAUCUUUCACCUCCAACAGUUUUGGACACUAUACCCUACAUGUUACAUGUUAAUAACUGUGACAAUCAGUUAGACAUUAGCUUCGGCAGAGACCACUCAUGACACUUUUCAAUGAGAUAUUGAGAAGAUGGUUGGAGGCAGGUGUAAUUAGUCAUUUCCCCAGCUCACCAGCAGAUGUCAGCGGAGAGCUCCUACCUAUUUGUUUGCAUGUAUUAUUUCUAUGUCUGGAUUUAGGAAAAUAAGGUAUAAACUUGUAUUACUGAUGUAGUGAUAUUAAAUGGCAGCCAUUAAGGGUGCUUCAGAAACAAUGAGUUGUGAAUGGCCUUGUUUACCUACAAGCCUUCCUGUGUGCUUGGGGACCGGCCCAGGAAGAUUGGUGGCUAGGGUCUUACAGAGACAUGUGACCAUGUCACCUGAUACUGGAAUCCAUCUUAAAUCUGGUAUUUUUCCAGAUGGGAAUGGCUAGGGGGUUGUAGCCAGACAGCCAGCCCCCCCCUCAGACCAGCAUUGCUGGAAACACACGGGAGCCAAAACAACAGGGCACUCAACAUAAAUUCCAGCACAGCCUUUGAAGCUGUGAGAAGCACAGGUGUGCUGUGACAAUGUGCCUCUGGGAACAUAUACAACGAUUAGGCUCACAGCAGACAGAGAAGCUGUGACAGACAUGGCUCUUAGCCCCUACUAAAUAGCGUGAUGCACACACCCCAACAUCCUAGGUGGGAAAAUAUUUACCCUGAUAAAAGAAGUGUCCAGUAGUCGAAACUUAUUGUUUCUCCCUUGCAAGUGUGAACUACUCUUGCGAGAGCUGGCGUCACCCAGACAGACCAGCCCCAAUUUGGCAUAAGAAAGGAGAAAGAGAAUAAAGGAGUACAGAGGUAUAAGUAUGGGACCUACAGCACCAUGAUUUUUGAGUGCUUUUCACUAUCUAUCUGCUGGUCAGAUAAGUGACAGCCUCCCAAGGCUUCUGCAGCUAAGAGGGUCCCUAAACCUUGUCCCUUAUUCGUCUUUCCGCGGAAUUGAGUGACCGAUCCUGGCUUGGCACCGCUGGAAUCGAGAGAUGCAAGGAGGGUAAGAAGCACCCACACCUGAUCUCCUAUCUUUAGUGUACACAUAUUUUGAAAUAGAGCUCUAUACUUUGUUUUCUUUUCUUUGGGAUUGUGGCUUCAGUUUUGUAACUUGUUUGUGUGUGUAACAUCUCUACAUUUAAAUAAGUAGGCACUAGCAAUUUUGUAACCACAUGAUUAGAAUCUAGUUUAAUAAAUUUUGGUAACCAUUGUG